AUGGGAGGGGAGUUCUGUACCGAACUGGACAGAGGCUCCAUCUACGACGUGUCUGAGAAUGGCACUGCCAAGACGAAGCUAUCUAAGCAACGCCGUUCCUUGGAAAGCGAAAGCCUCCUCGGAUCUUCGCCCGAGCCGAGCUUCCCACAGCAGCUCGGAAGCUGCAUGGCGCUACGGGAGCUCUGCCCGUGGCUGCGGCAGGCAGAGAAGCUUCAGGACUUGGGGGCUCGGUUCUGGGUCGUGGGAAUUCUGGCUCUGGAGGUCCAACUCCUGAACCGUGGAGGCUUCGCCUGGGCCCAGCUCUGCAGCGCACGGCGCAGCCAGCGGCCCCAAAACGUGGUUGCCUUGGCUUGUGAGAUGGUGGCAAUUCUGCUUCUUCUGGAGUCUGACGAAGAUGAGGGUCCAGUUUUGGUUUCAUUCGGCAUCGGUGCAAGGAGCGCUUUCGCGGAGGGUUUGGAGCUCGAAGGCUCGGUGGUCGUGUGCUUCGCAGGGGAUGCAUUGCAGGAUGACAAGCAAGACGAGGAGGAGGAUGUCUUGGAGGACGGUAUGCUCAUGAAGCGCGUGGUCAAGCAAGCCCAGGAGGGAGCUCCCGGCCCGCUCAUGGGCGACGAGGUCACAGUGUCCUAUACGAUUGCACUCUCGGAUGGCACCCGCGUGGAGUCCCUGGAGAGCGAAAAUGCCACCUUUAAGCUCGGUGCUGAGGAGGUCUUCCGGGGCUUCGACGAAGCCGUGGCAUCCAUGUGCUGGGGCGAGCGCGCCGUGUUCAGCGUGGCGCCGGACCUGGCUUUUGGCCAGGAUGGCUCGGACGAGGUGCCACCCAAUGCCACGCUAGUUAUUGACGUCGAGCUUUUGAGCUUCGUUGAAGUUGAGGAGGAAGACGAGAACGACUUCGACCUGGACGGAUUUGGGCGCAAGGAUCUGGGUCCCGGUGGCGAGGAUCCAAAUGGCAGGUACAUCUGGGAGCGCUGUGGCCAGGAGGUCUUGGUAACCCAUCGCCUGGCCGAGGGCAUUGGCAAAGCGGAUAUCCAACACGAGUUUAUGCCGGGCCGCAUCUUCAUGGCGGUGAAGGGUGAGGUGCUGUUUGCUGGCGAGCCGGGUUGUGAGAUCGAUGAGGAGGAGUCGUUCUGGGAGAUCGAUGAAGAUGUGGAGGGCCAGCGGUGCCUCUUCGUGCACCUGAAGAAAUUAGAGGAGGACACACGGUGGCCA